AUGGCGUCCGGCAGUUUAAGCGCCACACCGCAGUGCGAAAUCCCGGCGAACUAUGUUAAUGUGGGAGGCUUGCAUGUUCACCCCACGUUGUACAAGACCGUUGAGGAGAAGAUUUGCCCCGAUACCGGGUUCAGUGCCGGCUACUUCUGGUCCUGCCUCAGCUCCAUCGUCGCAGAGCUCCGUCCGGAAGUUGAAAGAUGCUUGGCAAAACGGGACGAGCUGCAACAGAAGAUUGAUGCUUGGUAUGCCGAGAAGAAAGAGUCUGGGGCCGACUUGUCUAAGCCAGACUAUCGGCCAUCCUGCCGCGAUUUUUUGCGGGAUAUCGGCUAUCUCGUCCCGGAUAAGGGGCCGGUUAGCGUCACCACACAGUUUGUGGACGAGGAGAUCGCCAAGGUGCCAGCCCCUCAGUUAGUGGUGCCUUCCGACAACGCGCGUUAUGUCCUGAAUGCCGUGAACGCUCGCUGGGGGUCCCUCUAUGAUGCCCUCUACGGCUUCGACGUGAUCCCCGCCUAUUCCGUCACGAGCAGCGGCGUGGAGAUCAACGCCGCCAAGGGCUCGUCCGGCUAUAACCCCAUGAGAGGAGAGGCCGUCAUCGACUUCGCGAAUGGCUUGCUCGACGAGAUCGCUCCCCUUGUCCACGGAAAAUGGGGCGAUGUUUGCAGGCUUUGGCCCAAGUUCGUGGGCUCUGUUCAGCGGCUGGAGCUUCUCCUCAAGGACGGUACAACGACAGCCCUCAGGACGCCCUCCCUCUUCGUGGGCUCUCAGGGCAACUUGGGACCUCCUGAUGCAGAUGUGGCACGACCUCAGCCCUCCAGCCCCUGUGUGCCAGACCAGGGGCGCAUCUUCCUGAAGCACAACGGAUUGCACAUGAUCUUGGAGAUUGAUCGCACACACCCCAUUGGCAAGGCAGCUCUAAGCGGUAUCAAGGACAUCACCACCGAGAGCGCCCUGACCGCCAUCCUUGACAUGGAGGACUCGGUCUCCGCGGUUGAUGCCGAGGACAAGUGCAAGAUCUACAGCAACAUUUGCGGCAUUUUCCGCGGUGCUCUCGAGGCUCCUUUCGUCAAGGACGGCAAAGCCUUGACGAGGAAGAUGAACUACGAUGUUUGGUUCCGAGAUGCAAAGGGCAAUGUUUGCACCAUCCCCGGCAGAGCUUUAGCUCUCGUGCGAAACGUUGGCCACCACAUGUUCACAGAUGCGGUGCUGACGUCGGAUGGCAAGUUCGUCCCGGAAGGCUUUUUGGACUGCUUGGUCACCACAGCGAGUGCCCUCCACGAUUUGCGGGGCACCUCGCGUCUUAUGAACAGCCGCGAAGGCUCAGUUUACAUCGUGAAGCCUAAGCAACAUGGCCCAGAUGAGAUCGCGCUGACAAGCCGGUUGUUCGGCCGAGCGGAGGAAUUCUUCGGUCUGCGCCGCAACACCAUCAAGAUGGGCAUCAUGGACGAGGAGCGCCGGACCAGCGCCAACUUGCGCGAGUGCCUCCGGGCAGCGAUGGAGCGGGUGUUCUUCAUCAACACGGGCUUUUUGGAUCGCACAGGAGACGAGAUCCAUACAUGCAUGUUUGCUGGGCCGGUGGUGCGCAAGGGCGACAUGAAGAAGCAGAACUGGAUUCAGUCCUACGAGGCGGGCAAUGUGGACGUGGGACUUCACUCCAAUCUUCAGGGCCGCGCACAGAUCGGCAAAGGCAUGUGGGCCAAGCCGGACAGCAUGAAGGACAUGCUGCAAGGUAAGAUUUCGGAGCUCAUGGCCGGGGCAAGCACGGCUUGGGUACCGUCGCCGGCAGCUGCGACCCUUCACAGCAUUCACUAUCACCACGUGGAUGUGCCAGAGCGCCAAAUGCAGCUGGCGAUGCGACCAGCGGCGAAGAUUGAGAUGUUGCUCGAGCCCCCCUUGCUGCCCGCUAAGCUCUCGAAGGAGGAAAUCGCCCACGAGCUGAAGGAGAAUGCUCAGAGUAUUUUGGGCUACGUCGUGCGCUGGAUCGACUUGGGCAUCGGCUGCUCCAAAGUGCCGGACCUUUCGAAUGUGGGACUCAUGGAGGAUCGGGCCACCCUGCGCAUCUCUUCCCAAUUGUUGGCAAAUUGGUUGCAGCACGAUCUUGUUUCGGAGGACCAGGUGCGUGAUGUGUUUUUGGACAUGGCAAAGCUGGUCGAUCAGCAAAAUGCACGCGAGCCCGGCUACAUCCCCAUGUCUCUGAACCCCGAGCACAGCCCGGCCUUCCAGGCAGCCAUGAAGCUGGUAUUGGAGGGAAGGAAAGCGCCAAAUGGCUACACAGAGUACACUUUGCACGAGGCCCGGCGUUCGGUGAAAGAGCAGUUCGGUGGUCGCUCGAGGCUCUGA